UUAAAUAAUAAAUCAGUUUCAUUCAUAUUAGUUUAUUUACGUUUUGAUUAGUGUUUUAAAUAUAAAUUAUUAAAAAUUAAAUAUAAGCUUACAUACUAUUGUUUUAGGUAUUAUGUAAGAAAUAAGGACAUCAAAUGUAAAUCUGACUUCUGAUUACCUCUUGUUAUACGGAGGUGUGAUGAUAAAUACUUCUCAAUUUAAUUAAGAUUGUUGAUGAAUUCAGUGUUUAACUUAUUGUAAUUUAAUUGGGCAUUGAAUUAUGUAAUUUAUGGCAUAUGAAACUUCACGUUUGUUUCACUACUGUAUUAUUAUUUUAUUAAAAUUAUAUAAUUACACUUUUAGUCUACAAAUAAUAGAAAUCGAACAAUUAUACCUACAAAGGAUUCCACUUGAAUCAUUUGAUCGGCAUGGGUCCACCACUAUGUAAAUAUGCUAUACAUGCAUGUAUGAAAUUGCAUUGAAUGACCAUGAUGAAUGGAUAAUUAUUAUCUUUAUUACAAAUUUAUUAAAUCAUAAAUAUGACCACAAAUUUCUUAAACACUAUAACAAGUGCAAUUGAAAAUAGGGAUGAGGAAUUAAAAAAAAGAAAAGAAAAUGCUAAGCUAAUACUUAAAGACCUAAUUAUUUGUAUUGAAAACUGUCAAAGCCGCUUUGGAGGAAGAUCUGAAUUAGCUACAGAAGAUGAUAUAAGAAUAGUCAACCUAUGUGAGAAGUGGGAAAAAGUUCUAAGCCACGGUUUAAGGACAAAUUUGUCUAACUAUACUUUACAGAAUUUUGUUACGGCUGGCCUGAAUUUCAAUUUUAACAUUAUUAAUGUUGGUAAUUCACUAUGGAGCUAUUCUUGUCUACAUUUAACAAAACAUGAGAAAGAAAGAUUUAAAAUUUUAACAAAUAUAAACACACCAUUAGGUUACUUUCGAAGUUUCCUAAGAGCUGCUUUAAAUGAAAGAUCUUUAGAAAGAUAUCUACAAAGUUGGAUUUGUCAUGGACUUUUAUUGGAAUAUUAUGAUGACGGGGCUAUAGUCCGUGGUGCAGAAGCAAACCUACUUCCUAAUAUGGCAGCAGGGUUAUCAACAGUUUUAUUUGCGUUAUCUAUCGACAGAGCCGAGUUGAAUGAUUCACAGAACAAUAGCCAUAUGACCAAAGCGGAACUCGUUAUACCUCUACCUACACCAGUGAAACCGUCUCAUACAAAAAGAAAACCCUUGAGACAAGUGAUAUCUUUCGACAAAGACAGAAAGAAUAAGGUAGAAACGCCGAUUAAAACUCCCCCAAUAGAUGGCGCGGCCGAGUCGUGGAACAGCGCGCCAGCCACUUGCUUAAACUCUCCUGAUCCUCAAAUGGCACAGCCCACAGCAUCGACAAGUGAACCCACAAGCUCGGAUUACAAAACUGGCAUUCGACACUUCUUCCCAGACGGUGUUAAAUCUAUAGAGAGCCCCUUACAAAUACUAUCAAAGCUAUCGGAAAGCGCAAAGGAAAUCUUCAUGAGUUCAACUAGUAUUGAAAAGAAUCGAGAUGAUUCAUCAGAUUUAAGCGUGAAUUGUUUGAAGAUAUAUGAAAGCGAUAGUGAGGAAGUGGGUGGUAGUAUAGACGGAAGUACUUCGUGCUUGGAGCUCUGUUUUACAGAGGACGAGAGUGUGCCCGAUGAGAAGGCACUGGAUUCUGUGUUGGAAUGUAGAGAAAAGGAGUUCCUAAGCUUACAGCUUAAGUAUAACCAAAUCGAACAUACAAGUAAAGAUAAGAUACAGAAGCUGGAAAAAGUUGUGUUAGAUCUUAGCAAAGAAAACGAUAAACUAAAGGAACAAUUGAGGAACUAUAUGUCAGCAGUGGAAAUGGGAAAAGCAAUGAAAACUAGUAAUGGGCAGGAUGAAGAAGUAACACAGUAUGAACGAAAAUUAGUUCAGGUAGCAGAAAUGCAUGCUGAAUUAAUGGAAUUCAACCAACAUCUACAAAGGCGAUUGCAAGACUUGGAGAGUACAGGACUAGAAAUUCUGGACUGUCCUGAAUCAAAUGUUAAAGUAUACAUCCCCAGUGCCUUCCUCGUUGGGAAGAAAACUCAUUCCUAUCAUGUAUAUCAGAUAUUCCUUAAAGUAGGCCAGGAGGAGUGGAAUGUGUACCACAGAUACGCUAAGUUCUAUGAAAUGCAUACGCAACUCAAGAAAUGUCAUCCCGAUAUCGCUAAUUAUAAUUUCCCACCGAAAAAGACGUUACGAAAAAGGGACGCAAGAGUGGUUGAACAGCGUCGCAUCGCGCUUCAAGCGUACUUACGUCACGUGUUGCUCGUGUUACCAGAGCUCAGAGAGUGCACGAGUCGUUCGCAGCUCAUCACUCUUCUGCCGUUCUUUGGUACAUCAUCGACAGCUAAAGAGAACGGCGUCAAUAUCUUCACCAGUCAACAUUCCAACGACUCGGCAUCUACUUACGAUCCGAUAUGAUCAUUGUGUGUAAAUCAACAUACUAUGCAUAUGAAUGGAAACAGCAGUUGCUGCUGCUGGGUUCUCGUAAAUUCAACAAAAGGCCCUUCCUUUAUAUGAGGAAGUAAGCUGUGGACCUUUGUAUGAGGCAUUGUGUAGCCAUGGUUCCAGCACGCUACUCAAUGGCAAAUGACAAUUGUCAGUACAAGAGUUGAUCUUGACUCGGAAACAGCUAAAUUGUAAGAUAGAGAUGGUAUUUUUAUAAAUAGGUUAAUAGGUACCGAGUGGAUUAGUAGAUGGAAAAGUUAUAAUCUUAGAUUUCAAGAAAAUCAUACAUUUGCUUGUUGGCGAUGUUUUAUUGCCGUUUGUAAUCAUAUUAAAAAAACAAUUUAAAAAAAAAAUUGUAAAAAUAAGUUGUAUAUGUUUCGAGUAGAGUUAAAUUCGGAUUUCAAGCAGCGGCCAGAUUAGAGUAGGUAAUGUAUCCUAAUUGAUUUGAUUAUACAGUUUUGCAAACCGUUAAUUUAAUUUUUAGCUCGUCAGUUGUGGAAAGGUUCAAGAGCGGAUCUACAAUUAACGUAUCGGGAGGGUGAAAUGACAGAUUUGUGUCAUUUUUAACAGUACAGUACUUCACACUUAGUGAUGCUGCAAUUUCCCGAGAGCCAGGGAGGUCUUAACCCCCGAGGAUCCGCCCUUGGUUCCUAUGGGAUCUCGUAAAUUUGUUCUUAGUUGAAAUAGCAGAUUCUUUGAGAGUAAAACUUGCCUUAAACUAAUGAGCAAUAACGUAUUAAACAAGUAUAAAUGAAUUCAGUCAUUCAGAUUUAUUUACUGACAACAAUAAAAUAGUAAGUAGAAAUAUUAGAUUCGCUUACAUUUUUAAUAGUGUGAUAGUUAUACGUUAUAUAGAGUAGCCAAUUUAUAAAUUAGAAAAAUCUUAUUUUCUACGUGGCAACAUUGUUUUAUUGAAGUAUAAUUUUAUUUUGGUUAAUUAGAUUAAAUUAAUAACCAUUGAAUCUUUAUUUAUAUUUUAAAGCUGAAGAGUGUUAAUUUGAAUGAGAUAAUAUGAGUGGAAAAUUUAUCGAGGAAUGCUAUACUACCGACUUAACACACGUAAAAACACAAGGCCGCACUAGUAUAUUUAUAAUUAUUAUAUUAAAUUAUUGUAUAUUUUAUAUCAGACAAGAUUUAUGAGAACCAAAUAAUUAUACGCUUUAUUUAAGUUGUUUAAUGUUAUUUCGAGAAUAUUAUUUUAAGUAUAUUUACAUAAAUCUGUGAUAACCGAGUAGCGAAUGUUCAAAAAUGUGAAUCUAAAACAUGUUAUAACCUAUAUUGUUUAUAAGGCUAUAAAUUUAAAGUUCUGUAACCAUCGACAUUAUUUGGGGCUGUUCAAGUACACCGUAAGCUGGAAUUUUCGUAAAUUAUAUCGCUCUAUAUAUAAACAAUAUUAUACGCUGGGCCCAUAAUUCAAAUCACUUUAAAAAAAUUAAAACUAAAUACGCUAUUGUGACUUAAUGUGUUUUUAAUAAAUGUACUUUCCCUUGUUCAUAAAAAAUGAAUCAGUCUAUGCACUAUUUUGACUUAAGUCCCCACUUUUUUUUUAAAUUUGUUUUACCACAGAGUGUUAUAAUCACCAGAGUUUUGUGUCACAAAACUACCAUUGUGAAUUUAGUUCUUAUGGGCCAGUGUGAUCUUUAAGUGCUUGUUUAAAGCUAUGAAGUUUUUAGUUAUCUUGAAUGCCCCUUAAUGUAUUCUCACAUUCCAUUAUUUUUUAAGACAUCUAAUACUUUUUUAUAUCUUUCAUAAGAUUUUUAGCAUUGUAUAAUUUA